UCAUUUGCGCUAAAGGUUUUUGGGUGUUUGCUUCCCUUGGUCUCUCUUUAUUCGUUAGUAAUAUUUUGCUGAGUAUGCGGGUAUCUUGUCAACAUGCCACUACCACCGCAUUUCAAUUGGCUCGGGAAACUGGCUGCUUUCCUUAGCAAUUCGACAGCCUACCGGUUCUUCUUUCCAUUUGUUCUUUUUUCCGCCAGAUCCAGAGGUUCUUUAUUCUUCGGAUCCAGUCUAAGAUGUGCAGAAGCAGAGAAAAUCACAUCAAUUGAAGGCUUUGGAAGAACUGGACGUUUGGUUGCUAGAGUCAUCUUGCAGAGGGAUGAUGUAGAACUUGUUGCUGUUAAUGAUCCAUUUAUCACCACUGAUUACAUGACAUAUAUGUUCAAGUAUGAUACUAUCCAUGGACAAUGGAAACAUCAUGAGAUUAAGGUUAAGGAUGACAAGACCGUUCUUUUCAGUGAAACACCAGUCUAA